AUGUCCCUAGUCGACAGCACUGCAGUGUUCGAAGCCAGAGCAGCGAGCAUUGGUGUCCCUGACGAUGUGGUGGCUGCGAUGGCAUUGAAAGGUUGGGUCAGUCACGGAACCUACGCAUUUGCUGUUGCAACUCAACCGGGUGCUGACGAGCAGGCUUUUCUGGAUGGGGUCAUAAUCCCAUUGUUGGGUGGGGCAGACCACAUUGCUGCACCCAAGCUGCGUAGACUCUUUUUCGAGUCACACACAUUGACAUCAGCAGAACUUCGUCGCCAAGUUGAUUCCACAGAGCAGGAAGCUCCCAGGAAGUUACCUGCACCAGAGAUCUCUCAGCGGAUGGAGAUGCUUCAGGCUCGAAUCAGGCCAUUGAUUGUGGCUAACUUCAUGGAGCCGUCACAUCAUCUGAUCAACUCAUUGGUGCAAUGUGUGGAGGAUGGCAGGGUCAGGUACAUUGAGUGGUCGCGUUGCACUUCUCGAACCCAGGAAGUCAAUAACAUCAAAGAGGAUGGCGACCUGAAGAUUUGGAAAACUGACAGCACAGGAACUAUCAAGGCCACUACAAAGGAACCAUCUAUUGUGGCUUCAUUGAACACGGAGUUGGACGUCCACAACGCUUUGAGACGUCGAGGGGUUGCCUAUGAGAUUGCACAGGCAAUGACGUUUGAGGUGCACGAGGCCAUCAUCAUUUAUUUUUUCUUUGAGCUCAAGAAGGAUCCUAUGGAGGGAUUUGGACAGGUGACCCUUCAACAAGUUGCUGCAGCAGAUAGGGAAUUGCAUGUGAGAUUAGCAGAGGCUACGAGAGGGGGCUUCAAGACUGGGCCUGCUGGUGAGCUUCCGCUGGACAUCCAUGUGAAACGGAUUUUGGACGGACCUGAGCUCAAAUGGAUGCUCAUGCCAUUGCCAAAAAGAGCUGCAGGAAAGCCCACAACAGACGGUCCAUCCAAGCCCUCGAACGAUGCAGAAUCGAAACGGAACAAAGCAGAGCCGAACAAGACAAAGCAGGACUCGUUGAAGCUAAAGCGGCUGAAACGAACACCCAUGCCCAAGAAGUUGGUCGGUUGUGUUCCUUGCAAUGACGAAGGUCAGCCUCUGUGUUUUGCGUUCAACCUUGGGACAUGUGCUAGCAGUUCAGAUUGCCCGAAGGGGCUCCACAUGUGUUGCAAGAAAGGCUGCAACAAACGACAUGCGUUUGUGGCUUGCAUAAAUGAAGAAGUUCAACCGGUGGCUGCGUCACGAAAGCGUGGCACAGCCGCUGUCAAAGUGGACGACAGUCGUCCCAGUGAACCGGUGGCAAAGCGAGAGCGCUUGGUCACGGGCAUGCAACCAGCCCCCUUGCGGUCAGAGCAGUUUCCAAUGGGGUUGCCAAAUUUGAGAGGCGUAGCCAAGCUCAAAGUCCAGGCUGCAAACCGCUUAUACUCAUUUGCAAGACGGGUCAUUGAUUUGUGCGUGGCAAUGAACAUCCCUGUCAUUUGUGAGAACCCACGCCGGUCUUUGAUGUGGAACACCGAUUAUUUCAAUGACUUGCCGUCAGUUUGCCGUUUCCAACAUGUGCACUCCUGUAUGUACGGCGGCAAACGGAAGAAGCGGACUUCAUUUCUUUUGAAUUUUCAUGCACAAAAUUUGUUACUGGAAUGCGAUGAUAAGCAUCAACAUUUGCCUUGGGGCCUUGUACAAGAUAAUGCGUUUUCUGAGAUCAAGUUUUCGACCAGUCUCGAAACUGAAUACCCUUCGGGACUUUGCAAGCAACUGGCAUCAGCUUUUGUGGAUAGGUUGUUACAGCAAGGCAAAGAUAUUGCCCAAACACCACUCCAAAUGGAACAAGCCCAGCGCAUGGGCUCAGGCUUGCAGCCGCGUGGAGGUCGUGCACCACUUUUGUUGAGUGACUUCAAGUUCAAGAUUGACGUGACCUCCGAGGAUGUGGACAUUCCUUCCCACAUAAGUGAAUCAGUGCACCCCCCAUUCCAGGGCAUUCCUAUCCAUUCAAAGCUGAUUUCUUCUCGAUUAGUUUCUGAAGUGGGGGAUGAGGGCGAGAAGAGAACACGUGCGGUCUCGACCUUUGGAGUUUUCAGGUCUCCUUUCGAAUUCCUGCACAGAGCAAUGACCCUUGAGCAUCCGCUUGACACUCCCCACAAUGUGGACAAAUGCAAUUUGAAAGCAAUUUUAUUUAUAAGAGACCACACUGCGUCAGAGGUUGUACAGUUCAGAGCAAAGCAACUCAAGAAGUACAUGUCACGAGCCGCUCAAUUGAGCGAGGAAGAAUUUCGGUUCAAGGAGACGCUGGAUGUGGACGUAAGACGAGUUUUGGAAGGGAAGAGACUUUUACUUUUUACGGAGAUGGCCGCUGACGCCAAUGUGGGCGAUGAGACUCUUUUUCAGGAGUUAACGGAAGGUUUCAGGUUGACUGGUGAGAUGCCCCAGUCAAAACAAUUUCCUGCGAAGUUGAAACCUGCGAUGAUCUCAGUUCAACAACUCAGAGAGUCUUCCGUUUGGGCAAAGAAGAUGAUCCACUCCUCUUGCCGUAGGGUCGGUUCAGAUCCUGAGAUUGCGAAGGCUGUGUUUGAAGAGACGCAACAGCAACUGAAGGUGGAAGCUUGGUCCGGAAGGGUCCCCAUCAUUUUAUUCACAGAUGGUGCCUGCGAGAAUGAGGGCGCUCUGGUAACACACGGUGCAGUGUUGUUUGAUCCUGAAUCGAAUUUGGCGCUCAUGUUUGGUGAUGAGAUCCCCCAUGAAUGGACCUCGAAAUGGAAGUCUGAGGGACGCAAACAGUUGAUUUGUCAAGCUGAGCUCUUCCCGGUGAUCAUCGCGAAGAACACUUGGAAAGAUUUUUUGAAGGGACGUUCAAUCCUUUGGUUCAUCGAUAACAACUCUUCUCUUGCGGCGAUCAUCAGAUCGUACUCUCCAGUACUCGACAACUUUGAGAUGCUUGUGAUUAAUGCUCGAUUGGAUACAGAACUUCAGCUUCAAAAGAUGCGCACCAUGUUACAAUCUCACGAGCGGGUGAAAUGGGGUGGCAAG